CACCGAAUACACGUCCGUCAUGUGCUAUUUUGAUUUGUUUCUUACCAUUAUUUACAGUGUGUAACUACCUCACGUUAAAAUUGUUACAUAUUAAGUUAAACGAGAGAAGCUCCAACUGAAUAUAAUAAUGGCAAGACAUACGAUGAUGACUAAGAUCAUAUUAUUAAUGAUCGUUACUGUACUUCUCGGAUUAAUUGUCGAAAGCAAAGCUACGAUAGCACAACCAAAGGCACCGAAUUUCCAAUAUUUUGAACGGCCAAAAUAUCGUUAUCCGUAUUAUGACGAGAACGGAAAAGGUAAACUUUUAUAUGGCUACGGAGGUUCCGAUUUGUAUGAAUAUCGAACGUACACUAUUCUCGAAGGUAUACAUUAAUUCUAACAGGAUAAUUAUUUUUUAACAGUGCUCUAUGUCAAUGCAUAUAACGUGUAUGAGUUAAAAUUCAAUAUUUGCGUUAUAUUGUUUCUUUCUCAGAAAUUCUUUUCUAAUUAAAGCAUUAUUAUUAAGCAUAUCAUAACAACAACGAAUAUUUAUACGAAUUGAUUGACUAUUAUGUAAAUAGAGGUAUAUUUGUACACGAUUAAGCUUGCAACAAUGAGAAAGAAAAAUUACUUAUUUCUGUAAUGUUCAUAGCUUAGCAUCAAAGGAAACAUAUAGAAAUCGAAUAUUUUUCAUUUUUGAUUAAAUCUAUUGUAAUACCAUAAAAACUUUUUUCUCGUUGUUGCAAGAAUGCUGCAUUGUUCACUAUGGAAUCAAGGAACAUUACCAGAUCAUUUAUUUUCCACCUAUAAUUAUCUAUAUUCUUAAAUAUAAUAAAUGUAUAAAUUUGUAAA